GGUGACCAAGUUGUCUUGAAAUGUGUGAAGAAGGAAGAAUUUGCUUGCCAUGGAAUUUCCGUUGAAAGUGAAGUGGAUAUUCACUCACGAUGCAGGCAUCCAAACAUACCGAUGAUGUAUGGUUACUAUCAGGAUGGUCAGAAUAUCAUCAUGAUACUAGACUAUGUUGCGGGCAAGGAGCUCAAGGAACUGAUGCAAGUCAAGAGAACUAUAGCAGAAAAGGAAUCAUGCAUUGUUAUCCUUCAGGUGCUAAGAGCGCUUGCCCAUAUGCAUUCCCAAGGGUUUGUACACAGGGAUGUGUCUCCAAGGAAUGUACUGGUUACAGACACUUCCCGGGCCUGGCUCAUCGAUCUUGGGCUCGCAACCGACACCAAGGGCAAAUCUUCUGCGAUGGCUGCAUCCUCUGCGAUGGGAACCAUUGGCUACAUCGCGCCGGAGUGCAUCAUCAACUCGCUGGAGGUUUCGAUGGGGACUGAUGUAUGGGCGUGUGGAAUUAUACUAUACGAGAUGAUCUUCGGCUUUAGCCCGUUCUUACCGGCUGAGCUUCACAAUCAAGAUCCUGUACCGUUCCCAGACCCUUCAUGGGGCCUUGAAUGCAGCCAUCAAGUGAAGGAUCUGAUAGAGAAGCUGCUGCAGAAGAACCCGGCGCACAGGAUCAGUUCUAGGGACGCCGUCUGUCAU